UGGCCGCUAGUAUUCGGCGAGAGUUUGUAUCGUUCAGACACGCGAGAAAGUAGUAUUCUUGCUGCUGGAGAAGACGUCCACCACAUUUCGGAGCUCUCCAACGCUUCAGCAGGACGCAAAACGUGCGACCAACCGCUAAAGGAGUUACGACGUUCGUUCAUUCGCCGUGGUGACCUCCGGGUUCCGAUGUUCUUUUUUGUUGUUGUUGAUUAUUCAAAACCAUUUCGACCAAACGUACAUGGGCCAUCCAUCUAUUUCUAUCAACCUGUGCCGAUGAUAGAAGCUAAGAAGUGAAACAAAGUAAAAAAAAUAAAUAAAUUACCUACCCAUACACAAGGUUUCGGUGCAAUUGUGAUUUGUGGUGUUUGGAUUGGAUUGGGAUUUUAGGCUGCUCUGCUCAGGUUUGACAUAUUUCUGAACAGCUGAAGCUCAACGGAAACGCUGAUCGAGGUGCUGCUGCAACGAUGUUGUCCACAGGCCUGGUGGCAGUGGAUCUGCUACUGAAGCAUGUUUCGCAAGGAUGUAGGCUGCUGAAUCGAGAAUUUCAUGUAAAAAUGAGUUGGGCCAUUCGGCGUUUGCUGCGCGGUGCCAUGCACCUGUUCAGCUGGUUCGUGGUGCCCUACUCGCUGCUAGUUAGCUCCAGGAUACGACACAAACGACUGCCUCCGAUCGAAAGCCCUCUACUGCAGAUUCCAGCCGUCACCUUGGCGGCCAAGAUACGAACCGGUCAGAUCAAAAGCGAGGAUGUGAUUCGAGCGUACGUGGAACGCUGCCGACAGGUCAAUCCGAUCUUGAACGCCAUUGUUCAGGAUAGGUUUGAACAAGCUAUUGCUGAAGCCAAGCAGAUUGAUGAAGAAAUAGUGAAAGGGCUGCGCAGUGAAGAGGAGAUGGCUAGGGAUACACCGAUUCUGGGGGUUCCGGUUACGAUAAAAGAGAGUUUGGCGGUGAAGGGAAUGAGCAAUACAGGUGGCAGAAAGCUGAAGAACGGACGAAUAGCUCAACACGAUUCUCCGGUUGUGGAACAGAUCAAGAAGAGUGGUGGCGUUAUUUUGUUAGUAAGUAACACCCCGGAGUUAUGUAUGUGUUGGGAAACAUACAACAAGUGUACCGGCAUUACGAAAAACCCUUACAACUUGCAACGAACUGUGGGGGGUUCGUCCGGUGGAGAAGCAGCUCUUAUCAGUUCGGCCGCAUCCCUAAUAGGUGUUACGACAGACAUUGCCGGAUCGUCGAGGUUACCAGCUUCUUUCGUAGGAGUUUUUGGGCAUAAACCAUCUCCGUUCGUAGUUUCACCGUACGGCCACAACCCAUCUUGUGAAGAUGAAUCCUGGGGUAACUUCUUUACCCCUGGAGCUAUGUGCAGAUAUGCCGAAGAUCUUCCACUCUUGGUUAAAGCUAUGCAAGACCCACAAGGAACGAAGAUUUCGCUAGACAAGCCCACCAACCUUAGCGACAUCAAGUACUACUACAUGGAGAACGACGGUCCUUCGGGUCUAACCCAGCCGAUUCAACCGGAUAUCCAGGCUGCUCUUUUAAGCGUUGUUAAUCACUUUAACGCCAAGCCAUUUACCAUCAAACGAUUGAUCUGGGCCUUGGACGUGUCGAUUUGUAAAAUGCUCCGUAUGAAGAACGUCGAAACGAUUUACACUGUCCAGAAGGACGGGCAACCGAACACCACCAUCGGUAAGGAGCUGGUCAAGUAUAUGUGCGGCUGCUCGGAUUCCGAUCUUCCUUCGGUGAUGAUUGGACCGAUGCAACACAUCGUCAACAAUUACAUUCCCCAGUCGAGGCUGGACUUCCUGAACGAGCAAACCGAGCUGCUACGUAAGGACUUCACGGAUCUGCUGGGCACCGAUGGUGUCUUCAUCUAUCCGGUGUUUCCCAAUACGGCUCAUCGGCACUUCGAAAUCUACCACAAACUAGUCGACACCAGCUACAUGAUGGUUUUCAAUACCAUUGGGCUUCCUGCCGCUUCCUGCAUGGUUGGUCUGGACCGGGAUAAACUUCCCAUUGGGGUGCAGAUCGUAGCUGGACCGGGCCAAGACCAUCUUAUAUUUGAGGUUGCGAAAGAACUGGAAAGGAAGUACGGCGGUUGGGUGCUGCCGCCAUCGGAGCCGGCGCUCAAAUCAAAUGAUACCAAGUGAAUACAAGAUACAUGUGAUCGAAGUUAGCAGAGUAAAAGGAACGAUUUCGUUGUUCAAUAUACAUACAUAUUCGUUAUAGUGAGGUUGGAAUUUUGAAUAGAUUAUUGCAGGGCAGUAGUUAGUGGAACAGAGAGUGUGCAACCACAAAUGGGGGAAAACACGGUUGUCGACACAUUUCAGAAGUGGUUAUUUUUGAGCUAUUUUAAUACUAAAUUUGUAUUUUGAUUGAAACAGUCAA